UUUGCCUCUAAUUUGGAAAACUGCGAAUGAGACUAUUUGCUUCUUAAAAUUAUGUUAUACCCUGCAGGUGCCCAGGAGUACUUUGGAAAAUGUGUUUUCAUAAGUUUAUGUUUAAAGCAUGUGGCAGGGAUAAAACAACAUCUAAAAAAAAUGGCGGUCUCUGUAUAUUGUGGAUUUUGACGUAUCGCGGGUGAGUUAAUAAACGGGGUUCCACUCCAAUCCAAAUGACAACGGAUGCAGUUCAGUAAGUGGUACGCUUCGCAACUUUUGACAAUUGGGUAGCGGAUGUUGAGAUAUUUCCAGCAGAGCCCAAAAGUGACUGGCUGAACGAUGAAUGAGCAAAACGAGCGUGACGUGGCGUCUCCAGCAGGGAGGGAAAUUAGCAUAAUGUGGCAGGAGCGUGUCAGCUUUCACAACAGGGGAUAUCGGAAGCCCACAGCAACCAUUUACGAUACCGACAUAAACGUGCAGCAAUGGAAAGACUUUUAGCAAACGCAUGCUGCCGUUUAUUGUUGUUGUGCUCCGGGACAGGCCGCGACGGGGGUCCGGUCCGCGCCCGGCCCAAUUACGCGGCCGUUAGGACCACGCCGGGAUCAUCUGCGAAGCGACGGAGCAGGAAAUGAGCCGGCUGCCCGCAGGAUACGCCUGGCCGGGCCUCGCUGUCGCCGCUGACAAAGAUACAACACGGAAUCGACUGAUGUGAUAUCACUACCAGCCACUUUUCAAGAAGUUCAAAACAAGAGAGAUAGCCUUUGAACACUUACUGUAGGCAUCAUAUUUUUCAAACUUAAUAACACAUUCAGAGUACCUUAUUUAGAAACUGAGGAUGAACAUGAUAAAAUAAAUCUAGUGUUAAGUGAACUCCCAUUUAUCGUCAUGGGAAAAGUGUUCCAGAAGCACCCGCAAGAGAGAGACGUAUUAAAAAUGAUGCUAAUAAAAAUGGAUAGUUUUACCCUUUCAACAAACUUUAAACACAUUUCAACUUAUUGAAACACACUUUUGAAAUAUUGUUAGCAUCUGUUCUCAUUCUCUGGCUGCUAUGAGAUGGCAGACUAUCGUAUAACAUCACUUUAAGGAAAUGAAAAGAAGACUCGUGCUUGCUGAGUUCAACAAAUUUGAGGCAAUGUGUGCUUGCGCUAAGCUGUUUAUUUGUCUCACCCAGUUGAAGUGUAAAGUAAACACCCACUAUAUCGCAGUUCACACUUCGCGGUCCUGCUAUUUCGCCUUUUUUUAUUUUUAUUGCGCAAUACACCCCUCCCAUUCUGUUUAAAUGUGUGUGUAUUGUUUUAAAAGUGUGUUUGCAGACCCUAAAACAAUUUCAACUAAAAAAAAAAUAAAAAAUCAUAUUUCUAGACCAUGGAUAUUCACCUAUCGCAGGGGUGUCUGAAACAUAACCCCCCAUGAUGGAGGAUUACUGUACUUAAAAACACAUAUUUAAAACAAAAUAGAAUUAAACAUUGUAUAUUUACAAGACAAACGUGUUCAACCAAAUCAUAUAGCAAUAGUUUCGUCCAACAAAAGUCAACUAUUUUAAUGCUAACAUAUAAUGGGAAACGUCAUCGAGGGGCUAAUGGACAAAAGCAAAGAUGUCAAACAAACGCUACUCAACAAACGGGGGAACCACACACACACACACAAACAGAGCAUAGAACAAAACAUUUUCUCUGCUAUGUGGAGAUUGAACUGGAGAUUAGUUGGGGACCUUCUCUGCCUCUUCUUCUUGCUAUUAUUUACAUUGCAUGUCUUCCAAUAGAGCUCAGUGCUGCCAGGCAUGUUGUGGUGGAACGUGGUACUACACCAAAGGCGUACAACUCUAAAUUUGGAUUUGCCGAACGAUCGCUUGAAAAUCUGCGGGGAUUCACUGUAAUCGAGUCUUGUGAAUAAGGAGGAAAGUCUGUGUGUACAUGCGUGUGUUUGUGUGCGUGUUUGUGUGUGUGUGCGUGCGUGCGCGCAUGUGUGUGUGUGAGAGACUUGUGGCUGUGUAACAGGAGCAUUCUGGAUGAGGUCACGGCCCGCUGCGCCGCCGCCCACAAACAUGGCCGUCUGUGGAGCGGACGAACUUUCAAAUGAGGCUACGAACGCCACUUAACCCUCUUUGAUGUGGAAAACGGAGCAGAGGGUGCAACGUCCUGCAUGAAAUGUCAUCAAUCCAAAAUCUGCAAACACUCUUGCCACCAGCCCCAAAAGAUCAUCUCUCCUCAAAAUGUUUCCACAAUCCGGGAGGUCGAUCGUCUUCGACAACUUUCCGGACCCCGGCGACACUUGGGAGAUCGUGGAGACCAUCGGCAAGGGGACCUACGGCAAAGUGUACAAGGUGCUCAGCAAGGUGGACGGCAGCAAAGCGGCCGUGAAGGUUUUGGAUCCAAUUCAUGAUAUCGACGAGGAGAUCGAGGCCGAGUACAACAUCCUCAAGGCUCUUUCCGACCACGCCAACGUUGUCAAGUUCUACGGAAUGUUCUACAAGAAGGACGCGAAAUGUGGAGAUCAGCUGUGGCUAGUGUUGGAGCUGUGCAACGGCGGCUCCGUGACGGAUUUGGCCAAAGGCUUGUUGAGGAGGGGCGAGCGCGUGGACGAAGCCAUCGUUGCCUUCAUCCUGCAUCAGGCCCUCAUGGGCCUCCAGCACCUGCACGUGAACAAAACCAUCCACAGGGACGUCAAAGGCAACAACAUCCUGCUGACCACGCACGGAGGCAUCAAACUGGUCGACUUCGGUGUUUCGGCCCAGCUGACAAACACUCGCCUGAGGAGGAACACGUCGGUGGGAACGCCCUUCUGGAUGGCGCCGGAGGUGAUAGCGUGCGAGCAGCAGCUGGACUCCACCUACGACGCCCGCUGCGACGUUUGGUCCCUGGGCAUCACCGCCAUCGAGCUGGGCGACGGAGACCCGCCCCUCUCAGAGCUCCAUCCAAUGAGAGCCCUCUUCAAAAUUCCCCGAAAUCCUCCGCCGACCCUCCAGCAGCCCGAGUUGUGGUCCGACGACUUUAACGACUUCAUCUGCAAGUGUCUCAUCAAGGACUUCGAGCUGCGACCGAACGUGUUGGACCUCCUCCAGCACGUCUUCAUCAGACAGACUGUCGGGAAGGAGAAAAUGCUGCAGAAACAACUCGUUGAACUUAUUGAUCUCAACCAGCAAAUAGGAGUCAUGGAGAAGACCAGCCAUCAUGGAAAAACAGACAGAGGCCGAGACAGUAACGACAGGCAUGAACGCAUCCACACCAAAAAAGGAAGCAACAUGAAGAUGGAGCGGGAUGAGGGCGACGAUCUCGCCGCUUUGGAAGUCCUCGACGAGGACUCGGUCAGCGAGCAACUGCAGGAGCGCUACGGCAGGGAUCAGAUCUACACCUACGUAGGCGACAUCCUCGUCGCCGUCAAUCCUUUCCACAAAAUGCACAUCUACGCUCCUCAGUACAGUAAAAUGUACGUGGGCGCAAAGCGGACGGCCAAUCCUCCGCACAUCUUCGCUGUGGCCGACAUCGCCUACCAAUCCAUGGUGUCGUACAACUCCGAUCAGUGCAUCGUGAUCAGCGGCGAGAGUGGAGCAGGGAAAACGGAAAGCGCUCACCUGCUCGUGCAGCAGCUCACCGUCUUGGGCAAGGCCAAUAACCAGUCCCUCCAGGAGAAGAUCCUGCUGGUCAACAGCCUGGUGGAGGCCUUCGGCAACGCCUGCACAGCCAUCAACGACAAUUCCAGUCGCUUCGGCAAGUACCUGGAAAUGAAGUUCAGCGCUAGAGGGACGGUGGUGGGCGCCAAGAUAUCCGAGUACCUACUGGAGAAGUCCAGAGUCAUCCACCAAGCCGCGGGGGAGAAGAACUUCCACAUCUUCUACUACAUCUACGCUGGCCUGGCUGACAGGAAGAAGCUUGCCCACUACAAGCUCUCCGACAGCAAAACGCCUAAGUAUCUGUGUAACGAGCACAUUAAACUGGGCCCCGACAUUGUGAGCAACACCGCCUACAAGGAGCACUUUGACGCAGUGGAGCAGUGUUUCAAAGUCAUCGGAUUCUCCCUGGAGGAGCUGGGCAGCGUGUACAGCACGCUGGCGGCCAUCCUCAACGCGGGCGACAUCGAGUUCUCGGCGGUGGUGUCGGAGCACCAGACGGACAAGAGCGACAUUGACAACAUGACCGUCCUGGAAAACGUGGCGUCGUUACUGCGCAUCCGCUCCGACGAGCUCCAGGAAGCCUUGACCUCCCACUGCGUGGUGGCCCGGGGCGAGACCAUCGUGCGGCCCAACACGGUGGACAAGGCGGCGGAGGUGAGGGACGCCACCGGCAAGGCGCUGUACGGCCGCCUAUUCAACUGGAUCGUCAACCGCAUCAACGCGCUGCUGCGGCCCGACGGCCGCCUCGGAGAGGACGACAAGGGCUUGAACAUCGGCAUCCUGGACAUCUUCGGCUUCGAGAACUUCAAGAGGAACUCCUUCGAGCAGCUGUGCAUCAACAUCGCCAACGAGCAGAUCCAGUUUUACUUCAACCAGCACAUCUUCGCCUGGGAGCAGGAUGAGUACCUGAACGAGGACGUGGACGCUCGCGUGAUCGAGUACGAGGACAACCGGCCGCUGCUGGACUUGUUCCUGCAGAAGCCCAUGGGCAUGCUGUCGCUCCUGGACGAGGAGAGUCGCUUCCCGCAGGCCACCGAUCAGACGCUCAUCGAGAAAUUUCAAGAUAACCUGAAGACCAAAAGCUUCUGGAGACCAAAGAGGAUCGACCUCGGAUUUGGUAUUCACCACUAUGCUGGAAAGGUGAUCUACAACGCCGCCGGUUUCCUUGCCAAGAAUCGAGACACGCUGUCGGCAGACAUUGUCCUUCUGCUGAGGUCCUCAGAGAACGAGCUCGUUCGCAAACUUGUCACCCACCCCCUCACCAAAACGGGCAACCUCGCCCACACCAAAGGCAAAGCUGUCACCACGCUCCCCACCCCGCGCACCCCCACGCGCACCCUCACCUUCGCCAAGAUGGGAGUGCUUACCUUGUACAGUUCCUUUACUUUCACUGAGUUUUACAGUCGACAUCAGCUGGAAGUGAAAAAUAAACAGCCUGACCCUGUUGACGCAGACACGCCGUACCAUCCUCGAGAAACCACCAACAUGAGAACGCAGACAGUGGCGGCCUACUUCAGAUACUCCCUGAUGGAUCUGCUGUCUAAGAUGGUGUCGGGGCAGCCCCACUUCGUGCGAUGCAUCAAACCCAACAACGACAGGCAACCCAACAAGUUCGACCGGGAGAAGGUUCUGGUCCAGCUGCGCUACACGGGAAUCCUAGAGACGGCUAAGAUCCGCCGGCAGGGCUACUCGCACCGCGUCCCGUUUGCCAAUUUCCUCAAGAGGUAUCACAUUGUGGCGUUCCACGCUGACGAGGAGCCCGCGGUGACUCCUGAGACGUGCAGUAUUAUCCUGGAGAAAGCCAAGCUGGAGAACUGGGCCAUGGGGAAGACAAAGGUUUUCCUCAAGUACUAUCACGUGGAACAUCUGAAUCUGAUGGUGCAGCAGGCCACGCAGCGCAUCGUGCUUCUGCAGGCUUGUGUCCGAGGCUGGCUGGGCUCCCGACGCUACCGUAGGCUGCUGAAGGCGCGAGAACAAAGUGCUCUUGUGCUGCAGUCCGCUUACAGAGGCUAUAAAGUGCGAAAGAGUGUCGGCGAGGACAAGAACAAGAAGCGGGAAGCCUUCGUCGUCCAGUUUCAAGCUGGUGGGAGCCACGACGAGGACGGUCGCCGUCGAAAUGACACCGAGGUUGUGAGUGGAAUGACUUCUGAUGCGUUGUCUUUGUCAGUCUGCAGGGGCUUUCUUGCAAAGAAGAUGUACAAGGAGUUGGUGGAGGAGAAGCACAGAGCGGCCUGCAAGAUUCAGGCGCACUACCGAGGGCACAAGGACAGGAAGCGUUUCAAAAGAAAACGAGAAGCCGUGGAGAAGGAGAAAGCAGAAAAAGCUCUGACCGUCACUCAGGAGAAGCCGCCUGAGCCGGACCAGAACGCCACCGAGGAGGAUUUUCCAGCUUCCAACGACAAAACCCGAACCGAAGAAGAGGAAACCAAGGCUGCCGUAAUCUUGCAGAGCAACUUCCGAGGCUACCAGGAUAGAAAGAAGUUUAAGGCGAGAAAGAAGACCAUGGCUGGAGCUGAGCUGCAGCCGCCGUCCAUGCCACUGUUGGAAGCGGAAUGUGAACAAGAAGAAGGAGGGCCGAAGAGCCCCGAGGAUGAGGAAGAAGAUACGUACGAAGCAGAGGAGAAUGAAGACAGCGAUCACACGCAGGUGCCAGAAGACGAAGAGAACACCGACACCGUGGUAGAUGAGCCGGCGGUUGGUUUCGGGGAAGAAGUCCCGCCUGAAGAUUUCGCAGACUUGUCAAAUUUGCAGGAGGAAACCAAAGCUGCCGUGGUCCUCCGGAGUAACUUCCGAGGGCACGACGAGAGGACGAGGCUCCGGGAGGACGCCAAAAGAAACCUGAACGACCCAAAUGAACAGGAAGCUUCAGAGGAAGACGACAUGGAGCAGGACAGUGGCGACCCGGAGGAGACCAAAGAAGCCGUGGUCCUUCAGAGUAAGUUGAGGGGCCACAAGGAACGCAAACGACUUGAAGAGGAAGGGAAGAUCCCUGGCAGGAGGACACGAGAACUCAGAGACGAGCCAGAAUCCUGCGAGGAUCGAGAAGUGCUGGAUGAAGAAGAAACAAACGAGGAACUUCUAUCUCCAAACGAUGUGGAGCUCGAAUUGGCAGAGGUGGCGGCGGACGCCUCUGACGUUGUGCUGGAAUGUGAAGAUGAGAAACGGGAGGAAGAAGAGGCUGCGCUGAAGAUCCAAAGUAACUUCAGAGGCUACAAGCAGCGCAAGAAGAUGAAGGCCAGCAAGCAGGCGGCGCAGGAGGAAGCCGAGCAGCUAGAGAGCUUCUCCAUACAGAUCGCCGAGACCUCUCACAACUUUGUGGCCCUGCAGCAGAAGUUGACGGAGAUUAUCCAGGCCCAUCAGUCAAACCCGGAGAGGAACGGCAUGUUUGUCAAGGAGAAAGCCAUCAACGGCUUCGCUCCCCAGAUGCAAAAAUCGCCCGACAAGAGAUUGUCGCGGCCCCCCCGCCGCACCCUGCAGCCAAAGACCCUCAACACCCCCGAGGACUCCACCUACUACACAUUGAUCCAUCGUUCCGUCCAGGAUGACAAACGCAAGCCCAGGAAAGAAGAUCCAGGGAAACUAGUGGACGUGGACCAGCACUACUACCAGGCUUUGCCCACCAGCAGAUGCGCGCCCGCUUCGGCCUCCGAGGGGACUUCAUCUCAAAGCAGCGUCCGGCGCAGGUUGUCCGAGGACCGGAGACCAGAACCUGCGGAGAACAGACAGCCAGAAGAAUACAAGCCAGAGUCCAAACCUGCCAAACACACCAGUCAGUCGGUUCCCAGAACGCCGUCUGCCGCCACUCGCACCGACAACAACCCGUACGACUUCAGGCACCUGCUGAGGAAGACCUCGCAAAGACGAAGGCUCAUCAGACAGUACCGAGCAAAGGACUGACCUUGUUGCUUUUUAUCAAACAAUGCUGACCAGUGACAAUCUUCGCACUUACAACGGACCAAUGAGAGCUUUGUAGACAAGCUGAACACACCUGUGAAUAAUAAAUGAGCUUUAUUUUUUAAAUGGCUGUAAAUAAAAGCUAUGCAAUUUA